AUGUCGUCCCGCAAGCACAAGCCUCUCCCUCCCUUCCACAUCGGCGAUGACUACAAGCUCCUCCACGGUCUCGGCGAAGGUGCCUACGGCACCGUCGUCGCUGCUCUCCACAAACCCUCUGGCCGCGAGGUCGCCAUCAAGAAGGUCCUUCCCUUCGAGCACACUCUCUUCUGCCUCCGCACCCUCCGCGAGCUCAAACUCCUCAAGUUCUUCUCCGAUACUUGCGUCAACGAGAACAUCAUCUCUAUUCUCGACAUCAUCAAGCCCACCUCUUACGAUGACUUCAAGGAGAUCUACUUCGUCCAAGAGCUUAUGCAGACCGAUCUCCACCGCGUCAUUCGCACCCAGCAGCUAACAGAUGAUCACUGCCAGUAUUUCGUCUACCAGACCUUGCGCGCCCUCAAGACGAUGCACAGCGCCGACAUCGUGCACCGCGACCUGAAGCCCGCGAACCUGCUCCUGAACGCCAACUGCGACCUCAAGGUCUGCGACUUCGGCCUCGCGCGCUCCACCCGCUCGACCAACCCCGGCGGCAAGGAGGCGGGGCUCAUGACCGAGUACGUCGCCACGCGCUGGUACCGCGCGCCAGAGAUCAUGCUCUCCUUCAAGAUGUACACCAAGGCGAUCGACGUCUGGGCCGUCGGCUGCAUCCUCGCUGAGCUCCUCAACGGCCGCCCGCUCUUCCCUGGACGCGACUACGGCCACCAGCUCGACCUCAUCCUCGACGUGAUCGGCACGCCGACGCUCGAGGAGUUCUAUGGGAUCACCAGCCGCCGCUCGCGCGACUACAUCCGUGCGCUGCCCAUCCGCAAGCGGAGACCGUUCACCGCGCUCUUCCCCAAGGCUUCGCCAGAUGCGAUCGACUUCCUGCAGAAGACUCUGACGUUUGACCCGAAGAAGAGGCUCACCGUCGACCAGGCGCUCGAUCACCCAUAUCUCACCGCCUACCACGACCCGGAAGACGAGCCCGCGGUCAGCUCCCUCGACCCGGAGUACUUCGAGUUCGACUACAUGGAGCUGAGCAAGGAGGAGCUCAAGAAGCUGCUGUACGAUGAGGUCAUGUCUUUCCAGCCGCUCCUCUGA